AACAUAACAUAACAAAAAACCAUCAUUUAAUAAUAAUUCUUAGUCAAGGUUCGUUCUUGUCACUAUUUUGCUCAGUGUGUCAUCAAGUGGUUAAAGCGAUCCAUUUUAUAAGCACCUUAUCAGCAGCCUUGGGCCCCUCGCGGUUAUCUAUCGCUGUGUUUCUCGAGUGCAGAAUUAACCACAUACAUAUCACACCUCGAUCCCAUCACUCAACUUGUACAUACAUAGUUCAAGUGUUGAAGUGUUGACGGUUUCAGUGUCGGUUUUUUUCGCCGUUAUUUUAUUUCACGUUUGCAUUUUAUAAUUUUAAUUUGUCAGCAAAAGUUUUGUGGUUGUGAAAGAUCGGAUCGUAAAAAUGAUUAAGAAUACUGCAGACCCUGGAGAAGAAGCGAAGAAUGCUUUUAUGCGAAUCCAUUUCGCAAAGAUUAAGCAUAAUAAAGAUGAAGGAAAGUUUGAAAUUAUUGACAAUUUCAAGGCACUAAGUUUUACCACUGUAACUGCUCCUCAAGAUUCCAAUUACAUGCUUAUUCAAGAUUUGGAGGAGGACACAGUCUUCAGCAUUCUUAAAACAGGAGAGUCGCAAUUCUCUAUACGAUCGCCAUGGGCGGAGAUUUUGGGAGAGGUCAUCGUCGACGAGAAGAAUGGCCAAGCGGGUCCCGUUUGUGUGGAAAUAUUUACCAAGGAUAGAACCGUUCGACUUCAAGCAGCUAGAAUGCAACAGAUUGAGAAAAGUUCGGAAUUUCUGGUAACUCACACAAAGUCGGGAGACGUCAUUGGAAGAAUCAAUGCGGUUCCGAAGCGUUCAAAAGCUGUAGUUUCUAUGCAGCCUGAAUUAGAUGUUCUCCACCGUGUUCGUAUUAUUGCUACUGCUUUAAUUUUGAUGCAAAUCUAUGACAAGGCCUGGUGAUUUUUUUGCACCUAAAGUAUUUCGUGCUGUUACUACGUACAUAUGUAUGUGCAUGUGUAUAUAUGUAAUGCAUGUAGUACAAUAUGCAAUCUAUGUAUGAAUGUCUUACUCCAUAUAUGAAAUGCAAGUACCUUUAAAACAGAGGAACAACUACUAUACUUGAUUAUCAUAAAAAAUAAAGUUUACUUUGUUAUAAAAUGA